UUGAACCGGACUGGGUCCAGGGGGCCAGGGCCCAGUCUCCUUCCCCCACGCUGUUUUCUUUAAUCGCUCCUCCCCAGUCGCUUCUACCCCACCCUCUCCUGCCCUAAACUGUUUCCUGGGCGGGAACUGUUUGGCUUUUUCCUGCCCCAGUUAGGGUUGGGGGCGGUGACUGUCGCAGCCCUUGGCCUUCGGGGGACAUGGAGCCCAGGAGGGCGGCGCCUGGGGAGCAUGGCUGGAGGCCUCGAGUGGCCACGGGGGCUGAGACGGCCGCAGAGCUCGUGUACCAUCUAGCGGGGGCCCUGGGCACCGAGCUGCAGGAGCUGGCGCGCCGCUUCGGGCCUGAGGCGGCGGCGGGACUCGUGCCGCUGGUGGUACGGGCGCUGGAGCUCCUGGAAAAGGCUGCCGUGGGGCCCGCCCCCGACUCGGUGAGUCACUGCCCCUCCCUCUGCCACCCGCGGGGUCGCCGGGGGCCUAACCCUGAGAGCCCGGACUCCCAGCUGCAGGUGUCGGCGCAGCAGGCCGAACUGGAGCUGCGGCGGCUGCGGGAGGAGAACGAGCACCUCCGCAGAGAGCUGCGCUGCGGGCCGCAGGAGGAGCGCGCUCUGCUGCGGCAGCUCAAGGAAGUGACCGACCGACAGCGGGACGAACUCCGGGCGCACAACCGGGACCUGCAGCAGCGCAGCCAGGAGACCGAGGCGUUGCAGGAGCAGCUGCAGCGCCUCCUGCUGGUGAAUGCAGAGUUGCGGCACAAGCUGGCCGCGGUGCAAACCCAGCUGCGAGCCGCACGGGACCGCGAGAGCGAGCGGGAAGGGAUAGCGGAGUUGGCUCAGCAUCAGGCACGGAACCUGGCCGGAGGUCCUGGGUGCGCACAGAGGCAGGAGCCGGAGCAGGCGACCGCAGGACCCGGAGGCCCGGGGACCUCUGAGGACCCCGCGGAUGCCCCGCAGCAGGCACAGUGUCCCUCCAGCGCAGGGCAGUGCGGCUUCCGUCGAGAGGAGCUUGAGCAGAUCCUUCAGGAGCGGAAUGAGCUCAAAACCAACGUGUUCCUGCUGAAGGAGGAGCUGGCCUACUUCCAGCGGGAGCUGCUCACAGACCACAGGGUGCCGGGGCUUCUCCUGGAAGCCAUGAAGGUGGCUGUCAGGAAGCAGCGGAAGAAGAUCAAGGCGAAGAUGUUAGGGACCCCAGAGGAAGCAGAGAGCAGUGACGAUGAGGAUGGCUCAUGGCUCCUGCUCUCCAGCGAUAAGGAAGACCACCCCCCACCCCCUGAGUCCAGAAUACAGAGUUUGCUCAAAGUACCUCUGGGUUCUCCCCCCAGCUUUGGCCUGUGUUAUCGGGGUGAAGCAGAGGCCCUUGAAGCCAAGACCAGCAGCACAGCUCCCAGCGAGCGAGGGGGAGAAGAGGAGGCCCCACAGCAAUCCCACUUGGAGCCCAUGGGCAGCCCCUGACCGGCCCUGCUUUGCUCUCAGUGAACAUCUUUGUCUGGGGGUCUCAGGUGCCCCCGGCGCCUGACCGUGGAGUCUGACUAUGGGUGGAUGUGACCGCAAAUGAGAACAGGACUCCCUCCUGCCCAGCCCGCCCAGGCUCUUUCCCAAUCUUGGCCUGAGCCAGGGCAUGACUGGGAGUUCAGCCUACCUUCCUUCCCUAUAUCUCUGAGCUAAGCCUCUGGGGUCAGAUAAAAGUGCUUCCUCUCUGAGUCUCAGUUUCCCCAUCCAUGAAAUGGAGAGCUGACUACCUACCUCCCAGAGAUUUGCACAGAUGGCCUAAGCUAAUGUAAUAAAGGAACUGCCCAUGAUAUC